UGAAAAAUCGCAAUAACCUCCAUUCAAUAACAGCAAAGUGUGGUUAAGAGAUUUGUUUAUGUGCCAGUCCGGUCUUAGAAUAAACAAUUAAUCUACAAAAUGAACCGCAAACUUAAAAACAUUAAGUGGAUGCCGCCAAAUAACGGAACAGAGGAGUUGAUGCAACUGACAAAGUUAAAUAUCGCAAAGGAAAAACUGAUGUCCCUGAUGGAAAGCAUCAGUGAGGAAAUUGAGCAAACAAACCUGGAGUGGAACCAGUUGAAAAACAUUUUAAAUCCCAAGGCUGAACCAUUUAAUAAACUCCACCAGGACCUGGAAAUUGAACAACGCAAUAUUGAUGAUGAGACCGUAAACAACAUGGAACUAGACUUGUCCGUAGGUGUUUCGAAGCAGAACCGAGUGUUUUCAGAAGAAGAGGAUGAUUAUGAUGAUGAAUUUUAAACAAUUCAGUGUAAAUAUAUACAUAAACACUGUAAAAAGUGGCCAUGGAAAAUGGCAUGUGAACAAUCUCCCAACAGAAUAAUCAGUUUCGAA